GGAUACAACACGGGUUGUUUCUGAUCAGCCUUGUUCAUCCAAAUCUCCUAAAUUGAAGAACAAUAACCCGAGAGGAGGGGGAGGAGAAGGCGAGGCUAGCAGCACAGCGACCGGAAACAAAAAGAGCUCCGGCAAGAGCAGUGUGGGCUGCGGCCCUGGCUUCUGGAGAGAGGGAUGUUUGCAGUCGGAGCUGAUCCAGUUUCACCUGAAUAAAAGCUUAAAGAAAGGAGGAGGAAAGAUGAAGGCGAAGACACCGUCUCCCCCGGAGCCGGUCACGGAAACGGCGGAACCAGAGGAUCUCUCCCCUGAGGCCAUCGUUAACGAGCCCGAACCGGUACCUGAGCCCGACCAGCUAUUUCAGGAGGAGAUAGAGAAACUGGAGGAUGAAAACGAUGAACUAAAGACUGAGAUAGAGGAGAUGAGAGCGGAGAUGGACGAGAUGAGAGACACGUUCUACGAAGAGGACGCCUGUCAGCUGCAGGACAUGCGUCGUGAGCUGGAGCGAGCCAAUAAGAACUGCCGGAUUCUCCAGUAUCGUCUGAGGAAGGCGGAGAGGAAGAGGAUGAGGUUCGCUCAGACCGGAGAGGUAGACGGAGAGCUACUGAGGGCCCUGGAGCAGGACUUGAAGGUAGCGAAGGACGUGUCAGUGCGCCUGCACCAUGAGUUGGAGAAUGUGGAGGAGAAAAGGACGAAGACGGAGGAGGAGAACGAGCAACUAAGGCAAAAGCUGAUAGAGGUGGAGGUGACCAAACAGGCCCUGCAAAACCAACUGGAGAAGGCCAAGGAGCUGUCACUGAAGAGGAGAGGAGGCAGGGAUGUUCAGAAGGAGAAAAGGAUUCCACAGACUCCAAUAGAGGAGGACAACGAGGAUCUGAAAUGCCAGCUAGCCUUCAUCAAGGAGGAAGCCAUUUUAAUGAGGAAAAAAAUGGCUAAAAUUGACAAGGAGAAGGACCGGCUGGAACACGAGCUGCAGAAAUACCGCUCUUUCUACGGGGAUGUGGACAGCCCUGGGCCCAAGGGAGAGGCUGGAGGACCAGCCACCACCCGGGAGUCAGAGCUGAAACUGAGACUGAGACUGGUGGAGGAGGAAGCCAACAUCCUGGGGAGGAAGAUCGUAGAGCUGGAGGUGGAGAAUAGAGGACUGAAGGCUGAACUGGAGGACAUGAGAGACAGGGAUGAGGUGGCAGGAGGCUCGGCUGAGCAUGGCUGCAGCAGGGAGCAGGGAGAGGAACUCAGGGAGCUGAGACAGCAGCUACAGCUGGUGGAGGACGAGGCAGAGCUACUUAGGAGGAACCUACAGGACGCAGAGGAGGACAACAACAAGGUGACGGGGGAGCUGAACAAGCUGAAGUACAAGGAGGGCUCCAGGCACGGCGCCGGGGGUGGAGGGGGUGGCUCCGGGGCGGCUGCAGACCGGGCCAAGGUGGAGGUACUGCAGGAGGAGCUAAAGGCUGCCAGGCUACAGAUCAACGAGCUGAGUGGCAAGGUGAUGCAGAUGCAGUAUGAGAACCGGGUCCUGCUGUCCAACAUGCAGCGCUACGACCUGGCGUCACACCUAGGCAUCAGGGCCAGCCCCCGGGAAAGUGACGCAGAGAGUGACGGAGGAGAUGACGCCUCCACCUCAUCGCGCUUCCCACCUCACCGUAAACGAGAAGGCCCCAUCGGAGGGGAGAGCGACUCGGACGAGGUGCGUAACAUCCGGUGCCUGACCCCAACCCGCACCCUCUACUCCCCCGAGGGCCGUUUCCUCCCCCGCAGCCUGAAGGACCGGCAGCAGAUGGUAGACAUCCGUAUAGAAGCAGAGCGGCUGGGCCGGACCGUCGACAGGCUGAUAGCAGACACCGGCACCAUCAUGGCUGAGGCCCGGGUCUAUAUGGUCUCCAAUGGGGAGCUUUACGAGGAGGAAGGGAGCACCGUCAGGGAGCACGAGUUGUUGUACAGGAUCACCGCUCAGAUGAAGGCCUUCAGGAAGGAGCUGCAGGGUUUUAUAGACAGACUGGAUGUCCCCAAGCCAGAGGACAAAGAGGAGGAGGAACCACUGUCUAUGUUUCAACCCAUCAUUCUGCUCAUCCUCAUCCUCGUCCUGUUCUCUUCACUCUCCUACACCACCAUCUUCAAACUCGUCUUCCUCUUCACUCUCUUCUUCGUCCUGUAACGUCCGUCUCACUUUGACAUAGACACAUAUUUUUGUUUAGUCAUAUUUAUUUUUUAUUUUUUUUAUUUUUUUAUUUUGGAAUAUUCCCAUCUAAGGUCACAAGUGAUACGGGACACUAUUCCACGUUUCAGCAGUUACUAUUUACAAGCUUUCAACACACACUGGAGAAGACCACACACCUCUGGGGCUGAGACACUGGAGAAGACCACACACCUCUGGGGCUGAGACACUGGAGGACACCACACACCUCUGGGG